ACUUUUAAGCACUAGGGUUUAAGGCUUCUCUGCUUCUUCAUCUCUCUGGGUUUUUCGCUUCUUCUUCACCGCGCCCGAGCCAAAACAAAGUCGUCACAAUGCCUCGCACCACCACACUGGAGUGCCCCGGUUGCUCUCCACUUCGGGCCUUGACCUUCGACGAGCUUGGUCUCAUUAAAGUUACUGAAGCUCGGAGUAAGCAAGGAGGAGCUCCCAAGAUGGUAGAGAGAUGGGGUGACCCGGAUGCCUCGAAAUGCGUGCUCGCCGCCUCCAUGGAUGACCGGAAGUUCGACCCGUUACUAGCUGUUGCGAGAAAGAAUGGCACGAUUGAGGUUCUUAAUCCUCUUAAUGGUGAUCUCCAUUUUUCGGUUUCCAAUGUCAGUGAAAAUGGUGUUCAGCCUGGAGAGGAUGCUGUUUCUGGGUUGCAUUUAUUUGCGAAACAAAAUUUGGAACUAGCUUCUAGGUCUUGCACUUUGCUCACAUGUACAACGAAAGGAAAUGCAAGCAUCAGAUCUUAUGAAGUGACUAAAUCAGCUGCAGAUGUCACCUCUACUGGAUCUUCAAGAACAUGGAAUGUAUGUGCUGGUGGUGAUAUCUUAUGUUCUAAAGUAGACGGUAGUGAAAGCUAUUCUUUGUUCGGCGGGAAGCGCGUUGAAAUGAAUGUAUGGGAUCUUGAAAACUGUGCCAAGAUUUGGACAGCAAAAUCUCCUCCUAAAAACAGCCUUGGUAUAUUUACCCCAACUUGGUUCACAUCUGCCACGUAUUUGAGUAAAGAUGAUCAUCGCAAAUUUGUGGCCGGCACCAACAGCCAUGAGGUUCGUCUCUAUGACAUUUCUGCUCAGCGGAGACCUGUCAUAACAGUUAAUUUCCGGGAGACCCCUAUCAAAGCUGUAGCAGAGGAUUUGGAUGGCUAUACAAUCUAUAUAGGGAAUGGAUCUGGUGAUCUUGCUUCUGUAGAUAUGCGUACAGGGAAAUUGCUAGGAUGCUUUUUGGGAAAAUGCUCUGGUAGUAUAAGAUCCAUAGCCAGGCACCCAGAAUUUCCAGUCAUAGCAUCAUGUGGAUUGGAUAGUUAUCUACGCGUUUGGAAUGUAAAGACACGGGAACUACUCUCUGCGGUUUUCCUGAAGCAGCAUCUAACAAACGUUCUUUUUGAUUCAAAUUUUGCUGAUGAAGAACCCAAAGUUACCCUUCCUGCAGCGGAUCGAUUGCAUGAGGAAGAGCAUGUUGCACCUGGGACUCCUUGUGAAGAUGAUGGUGAAACAUUACCCGUGAAAAAGAAAAAAUCUAGAGAAAAGAAAAGAAGCAAGAAGGAAGCAAAAGCAGAGAGUGGAAACAAGGAAGUUUCCGAAGAAAAUGGAGGCAAGAAGUCAAAAUCCAAGAAAAGCAGCAAAAGAUUAAAACGGGAAAAUCUUGAUGACGAAUUAUGAUUGAGAUGAGAUUGUAUGUAUGCUCAUUUUAAUUACAAACAGGGAAGGGGGCCUGUGUUAGCAAUUUUGUACAUUGGUCUUCUGUAUCAAGGGAAUCAGAUUUGUUAUUUAAUCAGAUUGAACUGCCAGUGCAGCUAAAUUUUGAAUGAGAUUACAGUAUUUGUACUG